UGAAUUCUAUGUCAGAUUCAAACUAUUUUUCACUCACCGAAAAAUUUCAGUUCACUUUCUGAGACUGAAAGUCGAGGGUUAAGUUUGGCGUUGUAUAUAAGCAAAGUUAACCACGAGAAAAUUGAUUUACUAUUCCUUGAAGUAUUAAAAUUUACUGUUGAAAUCGAAACUAAAGAAUUGUAAUUUUCUGUGUCAGUGCUAUUGUACUUGUAUAUCAAUUUCAAUUCAGUGACGUCUGAUUCUAGUUAAGGAUAACGGUAAUAACAGCUUUUUCUGAUAAGAUUAGGUAUCUUAUCGUUGAAACACAUAAUUAUCCUCACUAUUGUACAUUUUCAAACUUUCCAUCCUCACUUAGUUUUUAUUAAUAUUAUUUUCAUGUGAAAUAAAUAACAAACAAAAUGGAUUGUUUUACUCUGGUUGGACUUUUUGUUAUACUGUAUCUGUUUGUGUAUCUACUUGUUUUAUCAAUAGCAGACUGCGAUUUUGGAAUGGUGUUAGCAGAAAAAUUUGGUAAAAAAAUAGGAGUUUUACGAGGGAAAGUGAUAUGGAUAACUGGAGCAUCAAGUGGUAUUGGAGCAAGUUUGGCCGAGGUACUGGCAGCAAAUGGUGCCAAAUUAGUCAUUUCUGCAAGGAAUGCUGGAAACUUAAGCAAGGUUAAGCAGAAAUGUAUAGCUGCUGGUUUACCAGCCACGGAUGUGCUCAUACUCCCUAUGGAUGUCUUGGAGAUUCAGAAACAUGAACAGUACUUUCAACAAGUUAUUGCUCAUUAUGGACAGCUGGACAUCCUGGUAAACAAUGCAGGACGAUCACAGCGUGCUCUCUGGGAGGACAUUGACAUCGCUGUUGACAAGGAGAUAUUCAAGCUGAACGUGUUCAGUGUAGUGUCUCUGGCUCGACUAGCUGUGCGCUACUUCAAUGAGAAAGGUGGAGGUCACCUAGUCACCAUGUCCAGUCUAGCUGGGGUUGUCGGGGCUCCCUACUCCGGUUCCUACACGGCUACCAAACACGCAAUUAUGGGAUACUUUGACAGCUUGCGGUAUGAAAGGAUAAGUCAGAGUGGGGGGGGACAGUUAGCCAUCACUCUUCUGUGUCCAGGACCUGUCUUUAGUAAUGUCCUCAGUGAGAGCUUCACAGAGACAGCAGGCCAGAAGUUCAUGCAGCACCAGGAUCCCACGGAUAAACGUAUGACGACCGAACGUUGUGCCAAGUUGUGUGCUGUGGCCAUUGCCAACCGGCUGGAUGAGGCUUGGAUGGGGCUAUUUCCAGUAGUGCCUCUCUGCUAUGUUCUACGUUAUUAUCCCAAUAUUGCGAGAAGGUUAAUACAAAUACUUAACACCAAUUUUUUUCAGAAGAUAAGGGAUAGUAAAGUUACUGUUCCUGACAAACCAAAAACAAGUUAACCGAGUGAAGUAUGUUUUGAAAAUAUAAUUAUUUAUUGUUGUUGUGUCCCUUGUUUGUGCUUGUUUAU